AUGGCAGUAUGUCUUCCCUCUUUAUCGGAUCUGAGUGCAGAACCUACCCUUAUGGAAAUCAACCAGGAGCUUCGGUUGCAGCUGGCAAAGUACAAGCAGGACUUCAGAGACCUCACAGAGAAAUUCCUCAUAUCCCAAGCUACUGCUUACUCCCUGGCCAACCAGCUACAGAAAUACAAGUGUGAAGCAUGUAAGGACAUCGUUGAAUCCGUGCUGGGGGAGAAGCUGCUGUUUGAGGUGCGGAGGCCAGCAGAGAAGCCGGCAGAGAAGCCAACGCUUGAUGAAAGGCUGAGGACGUGUGACACCCUAAUCCGAAGUCAGGCAAGAGAGCUGACCCAGUUACGGCAGACACUACAGCAUGGGAAAGAUGACUCUGUCCUGCUCAAGCAGCACCUCAAGGACCUCCUCACCCACAAUGACCAGGGCAGCCACCAAGGGCAGGGCUUCCGAGAGAGACUGUCUGAGGGAUACCGACUGGCAGAGCGCAUUGCCUGCAAGCUCAGCCCAGUGGGUGAAGUGACUGAAUCUGACUGGACAUUUCUGAUUUUGUUUGCGGAAAUUUAUGAAGAUGACGACGAUGAACAAGCACAAGAAAAACUAACCCCCAGUGUGAACUUGCAGGAUGAUGAAAAGAAGGUGGUGUUCCAGCAGUCCCAGGAUGAAUGUGUUUCAGUACCUUCAACUCUCCAGGAAGAUUCUGCCUGCAACCAGCCUUACAGUGAUGGAAAAUUUGCAUUUGAUGAAGAGAAUGUGGCAUCUGCCAUGGAUGGAGCCUGUGGCUGCUCUCACGCUGAAGAGGAUGAAAUUCCAACUGGUCUCCCAGAAAACCAGAAUGAUCACGAUGACGUGAAAGGACCAGAGGUGGUUACCCCGAGGAGCAAUGCCAUCUUCUCCCUUGAGGACGUGGAUGUCUCUUAUGCCCGGGAUGUAACCAGUGACAUCAUGGAAGACUGUCACUGGGGCCCUGUGAGUUUCCCAGGGUCUGAGGUGCCAACUUCACAGGCACAGCUUCAGAAAAGCACCCCCAUGACUGAUUGUCUGCAGCGGCAGCUGGACCAGCAUUUCGACUGUGGUGACAGCAAAGCCGUGCUUGGUCUUUCUUCCACCAUCUGGGACUUAACCUCCAACUCUGAUUCUGGAAACCAAGGACCACUCUUUCUAGAGCUGGGUGCUUCCAUCAGCAUGAAGAACCCUCCCAAGCUGGAAG